AUGAUUUUCAACAAGCUACCUCAUCUGGAGCCUGCCACCAGCUUCCUGCCCAGCAAAAUCCCUGGCACAUCCAGCCCUGUGCCCCACCCUGCCUCUGAAAACCAUUUCAACUACAAGGGCUCCUACUUUGCCUGCCCGCUGCAGAGCCCCGAGGGUCCCGAGCAGCCCCCGGCCGGCUGGAGCCCCGUGCCCGCCUACCUGCACCACAGCCCCGGUGCCCUGAGCCAGGCUGUGCCGGCUGAGGAGCCACUGCUGGGCUUCCUGCCGCACCCACCUGAGAGCCCAGGCGCCAGGCUGCAGCCCCCAGACGCCCAGAAGAGGCUGAGCCAGAAGCAGCUGAUGCCCAGGAAGAAGCUGGACAGACCCAGGUGCCCCUUGCCGGUGAAGAAGCCGGUGCUGCUGAAGAAGGCAGCCCCUCUAGCAGUCCCCACACCGGUGUACAGAGCCCCCGCCUCCUUCCUGGCUCCCAGCAUGGCUCUGGUGCUGGGAACACAAGCUCAGAGCCUGCAGCAGCGACCAGGGGAGGCAAGCUGGGCCCUGCCCCCUGCCACCCACCCUCUGCACCCCAGUGAGCCCCACAAGACUCGGCCCUGCUCUGACCACAGCCUCCUGCCACUGCCUUCCAGCCUGGCCCUGCCUUCCAAGGAGCAGCUGGGCUCCCCCAUCACCUUGCCCCACUGCUGUGUCACCUUUGAUAAGUACAGGCCACCCCCCAGCACCCCGUUCCUGGAAGCAAGGUGUCCCACUGCCCAGAGCCAGAAGACGAUGCUGGAGGUCCCCAGCCUCAGCCUGGACCCCUGGCCCAAGCUCCAUCCACCCGAUGCCAGCCCAGUGACCCAGGAGAAGUCAGCGAUGUGCUACCCACCCUACCCCUACUCGUUGUCACCUCACAGAGCUGGGCCCCUCUACCACCCCCCAACUCCCACUGUGGGGGAGCCCAGUGCCCUGCCCGGCUUUGGCUACGUGGGAAGCAGGGAGCCCUUUCCUGGCACCUACCUCAAGCCCCAAGUCCCUAGGAGUUACUUUCCCAGCCCCUUGGAGCCCUACGUGCCAAGGACAGCGGGUGCCAGGCUGGGAGUGGUUAUGAGGGAUGCUGAGCCACCCAGGGAUGCCGAGCUGCCCAGGAACACGGGGUACCCAGGGUUUGCCAUCAGCCCAGGCAGUGCAUCCGUGUUCCACACCUCCUUUCCCAGCACAGAGCCAGGGUGUGAGCAGCACAGGGUGGACAGUCCACAGUGGAGAGCAGCACCGAGGCACAGCAGCGCUUUCCAACCUGUCUGCACCUCAGAGAAGCUUUCUGGGGGCUCCGGUGGGCUCACUGAGACAUUUCCCGAGAGAGGAGGGAGCUGGGAGAAACCCAGGCAAGGGGAGGAGGAGCCUCUGUACCCAGGGAGGAGGAACAGCAGCCCGGCCCCUCAGGACAUCCCUCAUGAGAGACCAGAGGAAGGGAAUGUCUGUGAGGGCAAGGAUCCAGCCAAGGAGCUCACCCGCCCUUCUCCAUCUGUGACCCCCACCCGGGGGCUGGAAGACCUGAGGGACACCAAGGCUUUGUCAUCCUCCCCGCCGAUGCCUGUGAUCCACAACGUCUUCAGCCUGGCGCCUUACCAGGAGUACCUGCGGAGGGCCAAGGACUCAGACCCCAUCCUGUUCUGCAGGAAGCAUCUGUGGGAGCACUCCUCACCCCACAACACUGGUGGCAGCCAGGAGCCUGCUGCCCUCAGGGACGUCUCCGUGGUGUCCAGCCUGAGGUCGGGCAGUGGUGCAGUGCAGAGCCAAGAGGAAAGCUGUUACACGAGCAUCCCUAAAAAGCCAAAGCCUGUGCCCCAGGAGCUGGAGUCUCAGGAGGACAGCCCUGAUGGGGUGGACACUGAGGAGCCAGCCCCUGAGGACAUGGCGCUGGACCUCAGCUUCAAGAAGAGACUGGUAGAAGCUGGAGACACUCAGAGACCCUCUGGGUGUGUGGAGGGGACACUGGAUGGAGAGGACAAGGAGGAGAAAGAAGCUGCGGGGGGGAAGGUGGGGUCGGGGGAGGGUGCGCAGCCUCCGAUGCCUGAGACAGACUCUGGGGGCAGGGGCAACUUCCAGAGCUCAAUCAACUUCAUGUUCCAAAAAUACAAGCUCCUGCCCUCCCACGUGCCCAGCACUGAGCCUCCCCAGCAGGAUGGCAGCCCCCAGGCCCCCCAGCCAAACCCCCCCAGCACCCCCACGCUGACUCACCCAGCCUCCUCCCCAUCCAGCAACCCCCCGUUCACACCGCCUGGCCCCCAGCUCAGCAUCAUCCUUAGCCCAAACCUUCCCCAGACGCUGCUUCUCAAAGCCCCCUCCACGCCGGUGGUGGAGAAGGUCUCGGAGGCCAAGCAGGGUGAUGGUGUCCCCACGCAGACCUCCUCACAGUACUUCACCACCCUGCACACCUCGCUCUGUGACACGAUUUCGGGCUCCGUGUCCCGCUCCUCCCCGGAGCUCCUGCGACAGUGGCUGGAGAAGGCUGAGCCGGCAGAAGAGCUGGGAGAGAUGCCCAAAUCCCUGCCCAAGCCCAAAAAUGGCUCCAAGGCACCCAGUCCUCAGAAGCCCAGCAAUGGCAAGGAGAUCUGGCUGGCUUUCCAGGACGUGGCCGCCCUCCUCACCAAACUGCUCUCCCAGCUGGAGGCCUUCAAGUCCUCUUGCCCUUUCCCCUACGUCGUCCGGGCGGGAGCCAUCUUCAUCCCCAUCCACGUGGUGAAGGAGAAACUCUUCCCCAAGCUGCCUGGGAGCUUCGUGGACCGAGUGCUGCAGAAGCACAAGGUGGAGCUUCGUCCCACCACCCUCUCAGAGGAGAGGCACCUGAGGGACCUGGAUCUGAAGAGCUGCACCUCCCGCAUGCUGAAGCUCCUGGCGCUCAAGCAGCUUCGUGAAAUCUACCCCGACCUGCUCAACCUCCACUGGCACAGCUCCAUUCAGCAGCAGCUCGGUAGCCCUGGCAUGGAGGCACUGAAAGCUGAUGGCAAAGCAACAGCCACGGACCCAUCAAGGGAAAGGAGGCACUGAGGAAUGUGCCAAGGGCAGCAGCCAAAUGAUGACAGGAAAGGGAAGGUCCCGAGUCCCCAGAGCUGUGCAUGCCGAGACCACCAGCAGCCCUGCAGGCAGGUGCUCAGCUCCCACCAGCAUCAGGAUCCUCCAGGAUGUUGUUGAUACCUUGCCAGGGACCCUGUGGGGAUGCUGCUCAGGGUGGAGAACAGCUCAGCAAUGCUCCAGGGACACACACAGGGAUGCUGGUUGGUUGUGAGCCCCUUAUGGCAGCUGGAGCUGCUUUUCUUUGAACGGAUCAUCUUUUAGUGCAUCUCCUGCCUCCAUCUGUGACUGCCCUGCUGUGCUGAGAGGGAAUGGCUGGAGUUCCAGUGGAGCUGGAGCAAGAGGAGCAUGGAAAUGGCCACAGCACCGUCCCCAGCCUUGGAAAAAGGGACUGCAGGGAUCACAUCCCACCUCCUCCUCUCUCCUCUGAAUCCCCCCUCCUGCUUUAUCCACACCAUUCCCAAUAAACAUCCCUCUGGGAUUUUUACCUUUAAAGUGCCACAAAGACCUGGCAUGACAGCAAGGGCAAGCGAAUCGUGACUUCCAUAGUCCCAGGACUAAGGGGUUUUUUUUAAGUUAUAAAUGAAGACAUUUUACAAAUGUUCUGGAUUUACCUUUAUAAGGAGCUGCUGCCUUCAGGUCAUGUGUUUUGGUUUUUUUUUUUCUUUAAAUACAAUAACUUAAU